UAGCAAUAGGUGCACACUCUCUAUUCAAGGAGACAAAGAAGAAAUAUUUUAAGUGACAGCUCAACUGACAGAGUGACACAGUCAAGAGAAUGUUGACCGACAGGUUGAUAUGCACGGUGUUUCCGAGGAAAGCCCAUAAAAAUAUUUCACUUUGAAAAGAAGGACAUUGAGAAACACGUGUGUGGUGCAGUACACACCUCGCCUCGCCCCUCCACACACACAUCUACAUUUUCGUUCAUUGAAGAGCAAGUCUUUAAGUAGUCUUCAGCGACAAGAAGGCCUUAUCUUCACAGAGAACCGGUUUGACAAGCCAGGCUUGCUGACCCUCUCAUAGAGAGCACACGAGAUAUUUUCGCUAAUCAAAAGGUAAUAUUAACUUCCGAGGCCCGCCUCCACAGGUACAGGAAGCCCCCGAGGGCAGUGCGAGCGUCAGAAUACCCGAAAAGAGUUUCAAACUAUUGAAACCUUUGCCUUUUUGAACCGAGCUUGGAUGUUACCGUUUGACGAUAGAAGACGAUUGUAUGUGGUUGUGGCUGACGGUUAGAACAGACAGCGAGGAGAGGUUGGACGAGUUGACAACGACAGCGGAAGUCACGCCAGGUGCACUGUACUGUCCAGGUGCUUCAGUCGUGUCACACCGAGUGCUGAAGCCAAAUACAAAAUGGAGAGAACGAGUGUAACCGUCAGGUGACUCACUGGCUUGGUUGGUUUCCUAGACGAUAUUUUGGAGUAUUUAGAGAGAACCUCCACCAUCGAAAAUACAAAUGGCAGUGGUCGUGGAGAAGGAAGUCAUCUUCUGCGGGAUCUGGAGACCUCGGGAGGGUCACAUGGACGACAGCUUCCUCCGUGCGGUCAGCCGAGAGUUCCUGGUGAAGCCUGGCGCUUACGCGUCAUGGCGGCUGACGUCAGAGGGUCUGACGGUGCUGGUGACGCAGUCGGAGAGUGGCCGGCAGGGCAGGACGGAUCAAUCCCGCUGACCGCCAUUCGUGAUGUAACGGUGAACCGCUACAACCCUGUGUGUCUCAUGACUUUCUACGUGGACCAGGCCAACAGGUUCAGCGCUCUCGUAUGUGAAUGCGAGAACGAAAAGGACGCUGUCGAGCUCGCCAGGGUCUUCCGUUCCUUCCAGAGGUCAAAGGUCGGAGAUGAGAUGCCCUUCCUCAAGCAGCCUGGAAGCCUGAACGGGCAGGUGACUGUCCCGACCCUGGAGAACGGACCCAAAGCAAACGGCCAUGCUGGAGGUACCACGAUCGUCUCCGCCAAGCACGAAGUCGUGGUGGAGGUGGAGAAGGAGCACCUGCCGCAGGUCGAGGUCGAGGUCAAUGGUCGACCUUGCUGCAGCGUGGGCGUGCAAGCGGCUCUGAGCGACUGCGACUCGGACGUGGAGUCCAGCGCCUCGACCAUGACGCUGCAGGCGCUGCGGGAGGAGCUGCACAGCCUGUCGCAGGAGGUGCGUGACAUCAGGGACCUGCUGCAGCGGACAGGGGGCAUCAGCACGGAGGAGUACUUCCGCCGCAAUCCUGGCCCCGGCUCCGACAAGUACGUGGCCGUCCUUCCUAGCAGCCAUGUGUCAGACCCUCCCAAGGGGCAGAUCAGCGAGAAGAAAGUCAACUUCGCUGAAACGGUGCGUUCGUCGCCGCAAGGGGUGGUAAUGGUUCAAGGCGGGCAGGAUCAAGACCACGACCUCGACUUCGACAUUAGGAGUAUCGGCAUGCAGACAGAGGUUGGACCCGGGGGGAAGCAGAUACGCCAAGCGGCCCCGCAACUUUUCGCCUCAUGAUCACGCAAAGAUUCCCAGCUCCUAUCGGCAUCCGCGAUCCUCAUCCAGCACAUCAUCCGGUCCUUUCUCCCCUACAGCGCCCGUCUCCCCCUACAGCCCCAGCGUCUUCAGCAAUGGCGGCACCGACUUCUCGUUCCACGUGACCAAGCGCCCCCCACCACACUCGCACCACGAGCUCCGCUUUCGUUCCGCCUCACUACCGCGCGGCGCGGGGCUCCCAUCCAGCGCUGUUGUGCGCCCCAUCGAGAUGGUGUACCACGCGCAUGCGUCGAGCGUCCGUCUCAAGAAGACGAAGGAGAUGAGGAAGCCGGCAUCGUCUGCUGUCCACGCCAACCAUGGUGGAGUCACCUCUGGAAGCUUUAAGAAGUCCCGGCCAGGCGGCAAUCACGGGAUGCAACUCUUCUACCCAGGAACUCUUCUCUACUAAACUCUUCGCCACGUCCUUCGAGAAACGGGGAAAUCUGAGCGGUAAUCUUUUGUAGACGGAAAACGAGAGAUUUGAAACAAGUUUUUAAUACUGCUCCGAGCUGUGUCGUCCUUUUAUUAAACAUCCCCUCGAUCUUAAGUAGGGUUCGAUUCUUUUGCUGCAACAGCAGGCGACAGAAGAUUUUUGUCCUUCAUCAUGCAAAUCUAAAAUUUCAAGAAGCAAGAAACCAAAAUUAAACUUGGGAUUGGCAGUUGCUAAAACGUCUUUACGAAACGAUUCAGGUAAACAAUUUUUAAGUUUACUGUGAUUGUAAUGCACUUGUUACAGAAAACAAUUGUGUUUCAAAGGCUUUGAAUGCAAAAUGAAGUCGUUUGCGUAGUUGUGUGAUUUGGGUGACAACGGAAGUCCGAGGUCCUAACGACACUGGAUGCACGUGACUGAGUGAUUUAGACUGGGACUACAGCAUCCUACGAGACUAAACUGGAAUAACUCAUCGGCAGAAAAUCACAACCAAAGCAAAAAGCAGUGAAAUCGAAAUUGUGAACGAUUAAAGUGUUGUCUAGUGUGUAAGCUAAAUUAUAAUUAGACCUCUGUGACUCGUUAGCAAACUGUUUUGACAUGUUUAUGUUCUGUGGCCUCAGCUAAUGAUUGGAUGGUCGUCGAUGAAUUUUUAACCCGUUCGCUUCUGUUGAUUGGCUGGUGAAAAGUUUACAGUUUAAACCCGUUAAGCCGUUUACAGAACGAAAUAUAUUGCAGAUGGACAGUAUGGUCGCCUUGACAACCUCCACUGCUCUCCUCAGAUAUGGGAUGAGGAAUCGGAGAUUGUGGAAAAGUUGAAAGGCAUAACACAGUCUCCCCCUAGCUGGUUGUUUAUCUAUUCAUCAGCAUAUGCAUAUGUCACUGAAUUAGUUUACAGUAUAGACCGGAGCUUUUAAUUUUGAUGUAAAUGAACCCUGUGAAAUUUAUAUUAAUUAAAAUUUUA